UGGCAUUACCGCAAUUCGUUAGUGACAGAAGUGACAGUUAAAUCAAUAAACACUGAAAAACAAACAACAAAAUGAGUGUAUUGUUGUUUAAUCGCGUUAAAAGGUAAGUGAAGCGGGAAAUAUGGAAAUCAACAUUGAGACGGCGGUACGCGUGUGCCCCGUGCCGUUCGACAACAACAUUUGCGUGCAAUCGAAUACGUUGAAUAACACAAUCGAAUUGCCCCACAAUCAGAGUUUUCCUGUUAAUUACGCCCUUCCGUCGGACUGCUGCCAAUCUACGGUGUUUAAUUCGGUUGCUAGCCCUCUGGUUAAUUAUCUACUCGAAGGGUGUGAUGUUUCGGUGGUCACAUUUGGACAAUCAGGCACUGGUAAAUCAUAUACAAUCCUUGGUCCUGGAUUUCAUUUUGCAUCCAGUGAGUCUGAGUAUGGAAUUAUUCCAAGAUUUAUCAGGGAAGUGUUUUCCAAAGUUUCCCAAAGGAAAGAUAGGAAUACAUCUUUACAUAUUACAUGGUCUCAAAUUGUUGGGGAAACUGUUCAGGAUCUGAUCGGAGGAGGAAGCGUCGAAUGCCCGGACGUGUUGGACGCAUUCCAGCUGCUACAGCUGGGGCUAUCGAACUUGGCCCCAAAAUGCGCGCAUACUCUUUUCACGCUAACCCUAGAGCAACAAUGGUCGAUGGAGGGCGCAAUCCAGCACCGAAUAUCGACGGCAAGCUUUGCCGAUCUGGCCGGCAGCGAAAAAAUCAUCCUGUACGAUAAUCAGGGGAUGCUGCAGAGUUAUCCUACCGACCCCGGCUUGCAAGCUUUACAGAGGUGCAUCGCAAUCAUGUCCGAUAUUUACACCCCCAUGUUUAACAACGUAAAUAAUUUGAUACCGUACACGCAGUCGGUGCUGACGACGUUGUUGAAGGACUCGUUUGGCGGGAGGGCGAAGACCGUUUUGAUUUGCUGCGUGUCUCCUUUGCUGCAAGACUACAGCGAGACGGUUUACAGCUUGAACUUGGGCGUGCGCGCGCAAAUGAUAAAAAACAUCGUCACGGUGAAUUCGUAUACGACAGCGGUUGCAAAUGAGGCGAAUCAGGAGGGGCAAGUGAUGGACGUAUUCGGGUUGCAGUUCGCGGCGAAUCAGCUGCUAAAGUUGGUGGGGAAUGCGGAGGAGUUGUUUCAGCGACUGAUCUCGAACGGCACGUUGAGUAGAACCGAGAUGGAGCAAGUUUCGCAAUGGUUGAUGCUGAAACAAGAGUGCGAGGAGUGUUUGAGCGAAGAUUCCGAACCGUCGCAUCGUUCUUUGGAGAGAAUCGAGGAGGAAAUCGAGGACAGUGAAAAUAAUAGCGAGAGCAGCGACGAAGGCAGCGAGCCGGUCGCCGAUUCGGCGCUGCACGACAAAUUGGACUCGCUGAUGGACGCUUUUAAAAGUCAAACGGAUAAAAUGAUCUCGAAAGCGAUCGCCGCCGACGAUUUCAUCGUUUCCUUCACCAAAGACAGCAUAGGUUCGAACAAUUUGAACAGGAUGAGGGGGGCGCGCGGACGUAGGGCGUCAAUCCAUUCCGCCGAAGAUUUAACCACUUCAAUGUCCAUAAAUUCUUCGAAAGUGAGCCAGGAGGAGGAUGCAAACCAGCUGCAACCAGACGCCCCUCUCACUCUCGAUGCUAUGAAGAAGAUGCUGAAGCAGAUUUCGGCGUCGAUUCAAGGACACCAGAGGCAAAUCGCCAAUUUGGAGAAAACGAUCCAGGAGAAGGAGAAUUUCAUGAAGCAGAUCGAGAAACACAAGGACACGAAAUCGAACGCGCACAUGAAUAUCCAGCAGAAGUGCCAGCGAUUGAAGAAACACGUCGAAACGGCACAGGAGAAGGUGACGCAAGCGCAGAUACACAAAAACACCUACCUGGAGGAACACUACAAAUCCGAGCUUGUUGCGGUGGAGGAAAAACUGCAAUCGUCCACCGCUUUGGAGGAAUCCCUGAAGAACAUCACAGAAGAUGGAAGCAGGAAACUGAUGGAGCUCGUGAAUAGCUUGAAAGCGUCGAAAAAACAGCUCGAAAAGCUGAAAAAACACAAAAGCGAGGAAGAAAAGCGUCGCGUGCUCUACGAGAACCAAAUCAAGGAGGAGAAGAAAAAGGCCGAUUCGAUAGCGAAAAGCGGGGAAAUUACGCAAUCGAAAGAGCGCACGGUCGUGCUGCUGAACCCCGAAGCAGCUGAAGCUGCAACGAUGCACAGCUCUUUCAGCAUAUCGAACGAGGAUUUGGAGUUUCUGCGGCACGAGAUCCGCAACCUGCGCAAAACGCGCGACUAUCUGCUCGAGCAAAAGUGCUCGAUAAACCAGGGCGGCGGCGGCGGCAACGGAGGCGGCAAGAAGCUGCUCACCGAGCUGGAGGAGCGGCAGAUUUUCCAGUUCGAAGAGGCGAUCGAGGCCAUCGAUUUGGCGAUCGAGUACAAAAACGAGGUUUUGUGCGGACACCAGCCACUCGUCGAGCAGCAAAUCGAAAAAGCUGAAGCUGAACAGGGCGAUCGGAUGCUCAUGGACAGGCUCAUGCAUCUUAGCAAGAACGAGAUGAGGGUGCUUUUGCACAAGUACUUUGAAAAGAUUGUGGAUCUGAGGAGUAGCGGCAAAAAGCUCGAAAUGCAGUUGGUCGAUGUGGAAAAUCAAAACGAGAAUUUGCUGUAUCGCGUGCAGAAUUUGAGCCACACUUUACAACAGAAUCGUUUGGAGACUGAAAGGAGGGUUGUCUCGUUGCAACAACAGCACGAAGAUAAAAUUCAUAUUGUUAUGACGCACCUGGCGAGCGACGGGGCCGAUCACAGAAACCUGCACAGGGUCCUCACAGACAAAAAAGGUUUCCCAUUAAAGAUUGGAGGUGGAGGAGGCAGUUCAAAGGGAGAAAAAUCCUCUGCAGGAACCUUAUUGACAAGAAUCACACAAAUCACAAAGCCCGACAUUUUGAUGAGACCACUGCAAUCUGCUCCACAAGCAAGAAUCACCAGGAAUAAGAACAAGUUGUUUUUGCAGCAGACGCAAAAAUAAUAACCAUAAGCAUUACAUUACAAGUCAUUAUUGAGUUUUUUCUAGCAUGUAUAUAUUUAUUGUUUGUAAAUAAGUAGGAUUGUACGUUUAUUGAAAAUAAAAGUAAUAAAACUCCCAUUUU